CCCUGUUUUUGUUCCCAUUGAACGACAAUGGGCAGUACCGGUACGGGUAUUGUACUUCAAGGAAGUUUGCUUCCCGACAAGCGAACUCCCAGAACACCGUCGUGGUGUUGCUUCGAUUUUGGAAAAGAACGACAGACCGACAUUCCUUGAAUGCUUUUCCCACAAUGUCGGAACACGACACCAACGAGAUCGAGAACAACGAGAUCCAGGAACAGUACCGCAUGAUGGCCCAGAUGGAAGCCGCCAUGCGCGUGAAGGACAACACCGGGUUCGACAGCGUGGAGUACAAGCGCCAGCGCCGGUUGUUGGAGGAGCAGCGAGCGCAGGAAGAGAAGGAAGCAACCAUGCCGUGGUACACCAAACCAACCCCGAGGCUGCCGCAGGCCAAGACCGCYGGCGGGGGCGAGAACGGGUCGUCUGGCAGCAGGGCCCAGGAGCCCCCCCUGCCCUUCACGCGGGCCAACCGGCGGUUUGGGARGAACUCGCGCAACCGCGACGGCCGUGUCAGGGUGCCGGACCUGUGCCUGGGCGUCGUCGUCGCCGUCCACAAGAACGGAUCGGUCGAGGAGGGAUCCUCCUGUCGCGAGAGCAACGGUAACAGUGACACCGUUGCGACGACGUGCUGGGGUUGCGAYCGCGUGCUGCGGGUCCACGUCCUGUCGACGCUGGUGCAGUGCCCCGAGUGCUGGACCGUCGGUCCGGUGACCUAGCGGCAGCCUYGGCGGUGAUUUGGGGGUUUUGUUAAGCCAAAACAAAAACUCGGGUGAAAUAGUUUCGGUUGCUGGUGCACAYUCGGAGGCAGACGGCAKUGUCACUUGUCUUGAUUCGACGACCAUGAACCAWKCUGGGGAGAAYGUCCUUUCCUGUUCAAGCACGCCCGAGAGAAGCGCAUAGCAGUCAUGCGAUCCGAACCAUAGAUUUCUACGAAGAAACGAUACAUCAACAG